UACUUGUGUGUUUAAGCUCAUACCUUUUAAUUUUUUUUUUUUAAUCUUAAAAAAAAGUCUCUCAGUUAUCAUCGCCUACCGUCACUCCACCAUCCAGAACUCUGACAUCAUAGCAGUGAUGUCAUGACAGUUUGUGAUCAGGAAAGACACACACAAUCAGCUCCUGGCUUUAAAUGGAGCUUAUUACAAGCUGGUCACGACUUGAGCACCAAUCCGCUAAUCCAACUAAUGUUUAAUGAUUCCCAAAUAGUAAUGCUGAUCUCAUAUAAAAUCCCUUUGCACAACUAAAGCCCUUAAGUGUUUUGCUCACGCAGCUGUUUAUUACAAUUGGCAGCACUUUCAAAAUGAAAUAAAAUAACCUCGAGACUGCCAAGGUGUUGGGUCAACCUCCAAAGACCUUUGCUCUAAGCGAAGGAGGAAAACGGAAGUGUGAGGUUUGCUGUUUUCUUGUCCUCCACUGAGUGAUAAACCAGUGAUAAACCAGGCAUGGAGACCAUCACACCUUCGUAGCAAACCUGCUUAGUAAACUGUGUCUAAUAUGACACAACACCGCUUUAGGAUCACCUCAGCACAGGCUCCAGCAGAGUGUCCAGUUCCCUCAGAGCUUCAGAGCCACGCCCACUACCCCUCAGCGCGAGCUCGCUGGGAACUCAGAGCGCGAGUGCCGUGGUCGCGUGAGGAGAUGUCUGAACGCGCGCGCACACACACUGUCAAGAUGGAGUCCGGAAAGUCGUGGAUCCAGACGACUUUUUAUAAAAGGGAGUGUGUGAAGUUUUUAGCUGUAUCGAGGGACCACCACAGGUGUUUCCCUGUUUGCCAUGUUUGCCAAAACCUAGUCAGGUGCUGCUGUGGGAGGCUGAUCGGUGAGCAUUCAGAGCUCGACUCCAGUUCUUGGCUCUGUCCGUCUGGGGAAGAAGAAGUGUGGUGUGUUGUUCAGCAUACCAAAACCAGCCCCACUGAUGCAUUCGGCUCCAUCGACUUCCAGGGAAGCAACAAGUGUUACUGCCGUGCGAAGUAUGUGCGGCUGUCCUGCGAUGCUAAACCUGAGGAGCUUUGCCAUUUAAUGCUGCGUGAGUGGAACAUGGCUCAGCCCAAGCUGCUCAUAUCAGUGCAUGGAGGAACAGACAACUUUCCCUUACCCCCAAGAGUGGGCCAGGUGUUCAGCAAGGGCCUCAUCAGGGCUGCAGAGACAGCAGGAGCCUGGAUUUUCACUGAUGGCUUCAAUACAGGGGUAUCGAUGUAUGUUGGAGAUGCUGUGAAAGCCUACGGUACGCAUGAGCGCAGGAGGAGAACUGUGAUUGGUAUCACGCCGUGGGGGCUUAUUGAGAACCACACUGACCUCAUAGGACGAGACGUCCUGAGGCACUACCAGACUCUGGGGAAUCCACUGAGUAAGCGCUCCAGUCUUAAUGGCAUGCACUCGCACUUCCUGUUAGUGGACGAUGGAACUCUGGGAAAAUCUGGAGGCCAGCAGGAGCUGCGGAGAAAGUUGGAGAGGCAUAUUCAACGGCAGAGGAUCCACCCCAGACUGGUUCAGAGAGUUCCCCUGGUGUGUGUGGUCGUUGAGGGGGGUCCUGCAGUGCUCUCCACAGUGCUGGAUUAUGUGAGCAGGUCUCCUCCUGUGCCCGUCAUUGUGUUUGAGGGCACCGGCCGUGCUGCAGACCUGCUGUCUCUCAUCCACAAACAGACAGCAGAGGACAGGGAGCUGGAUGUGAAUAUAAAGGAGGAUUUCCUGCAACGCAUUGAGAAUGUAUUUGGUGUGGCGAGAACGAAGGCGUAUCAGUUCUUCACCCUGCUUAAACAUUGCAUGGAGCACAGAGAUGCGAUCACCAUUUUUGACUCGGAAUCAGAGGACCACUUGGAAGCAGAUGUGGCUAUUUUGACAGCUUCACUAAGAGGCACACCAGCAGAGAAAUUAAGCAUUACACUGGCAUGGGACAGAGCUGAUAUUGCUCAGCAACAUGUACUGGUGUAUGGACACGACUGGAAGGUGGGGGCCCUGGAGCAUGCCAUGCUGAACGCUUUGCUGAUGGACCGUGUCAGUUUUGUGAAGCUGCUCAUUGAGAACGGCGUGACCAUGAAGCACUUCCUGACAGUAUCUCGCCUGGAGGAGCUCUAUAACAUGCAGCACCAAGGCUCCUCAGAUCACUUCUUACGCCAUAUCAUUGAGGAUUCCAAAAAGUGUCGACUUCCUGGGAGAUAUAAGAUCACUCUGAUUGAUAUCGGCAUGGUGAUUGAAUAUUUGAUAGGAGGAGCUUAUCAGAGCACAUACAGGAGCAAGAGCUUCAAAGCUGAAUAUAACAGAAUUCAUAGUGAACUGAAGGAAGGCAGUCAGGAGCAUUCAGCAUCCAGAAGGACUGGCGAAGAGCCAGCUGAGUCAAAUGAACCACAUCCUCAAUUCUACAGAACCGCACAUCCUUACAGACGCACGAUGAAAUCAGAAUCUGUGCCCAAUAAUGUGGAGGAAGAGGAGGCAGAGCUGGGCGGCUCAUCCCUGUUUGCCUAUAGUUUCAAUGACCUGUUUGUGUGGGCAGUAUUGAAGCGGCGGCAGCAGUUGGCACUCUUUCUGUGGCAGCAUGGCGUGCAGGCCAUGGCCAGAGCUGUGGUGGCAUGCAGGCUGUACCAGGCCAUGGCCAGCGAAGCUAAGGAAAGCAACAUGGAUGACAGCAUUAUCGACGAGCUCAGGAAAUAUUCUCUAGAGUUUGGCCAGCUUGCUGUGGAUCUACUGGACAAGGCCUUCAAGGAGAAUGAGCGCAUGGCCAUGAAGCUGCUGACCUGGGAGAUGACAGAUUGGAGCAACUUCACCUGUCUGCAGAUGGCAGUGGCCUCGGGCCACGUUCCCUUCGUGGUUCACUCAUGUACCCAGAUGCUCCUCACCGACUUGUGGAUGGGCCGCUUGAACAUGAGGAAGAACUCCUGGUUAAAGAUCAUUGUGGCUAUCCUGCUCCCUGUGGGCAUCCAGAUGCUGGAGUUUAAGAGCAAGGCUGAGAUGUCCCAUGUGCCUCAGAGUCAAGAGGCCCUGCAGUUUGGAAGGGACACUGAGAGCUUAGGAGAGCCAGAAACUGAAGACGUGAUGCAAGCGAAUGAGAGUGAUGCAGAGAGAGGGAGGAGCCAUGUUAAGCACAGGCUCGUUGUAUGGUGGCUACCAUGGUCCAGGACGCUCUAUGACUUUUACAAUGCGCCUGUGGUCAAAUUCUGGGUCCACACAAUGUCCUACCUGACGUUCCUUGCGCUUUUCUCCUACACGGUGUUGGUGAAAAUGGAGCCAAGACCCAGUGUCCCAGAAUGGCUGGUCUUUGUCUACAUCUCAUCCACAGCUGUAGACAAGAUCAGGGAGGUGUCUGUGUCUGAGCCAAAACAGUUCAGCAAAAAGCUGAAAAUGUGGUUCAGCGAAUACUGGAACAUGAAUGACUUUGUCGCCAUCAUUCUGUUUUUCACGGGCAUGGUGCUGCGCUGGCAGACUGGUCUAAUUCACACAGCGGGGCGCAUCACUUACUGCCUGGACAUCAUUUUUUGGUUUGUGCGUUUACUAGACCUGUUGGCCAUUAACCAGCAAGCCGGACCCUACCUCAUCAUGAUUUCCAACAUGAUGAAGAACAUGUUCUACAUUGUAGUCAUCAUGGGCAUUGUGCUGGUGAGUUUCGGCACACCUCGGUGGGCCAUCCUAAAGCCACAUGAGGAACCAUCCUGGAACCUGCUGAAGGAUGUGCUCUUCCAGCCCUACUUCAUGAUGUUUGGGGAGGUCUAUGCUACUGAAAUUAAUCCCUGUGAAGAAGAUCCAGAAUGUCCUCCCGGUUCAUUCCUCAACCCACCGCUGCAGGCCGUCUACCUGUUCAUGCAGUACAUCAUCAUGGUCAACCUCCUUAUCGCCUUCUACAAUCAUGUUUAUGUCCACAUGAAGAACAUAUCCAACCAGCUGUGGAGGUAUAACCGCUACCAUUACAUCAUGACCUUUCACAAAAAGCCGUUCCUGCCUCCGCCUUUGAUCAUCCUGAGCCAAAUGGCCUUGUGUGUGAAUGCAGUCUGGCAGAAACAUAGACGGACAUCCGCAAAUGACAGAGGCUCUGGCCUUAAACUGUUCUUGGCUCCUGAUGAUCUGAAGAAGCUACUUGAAUUUGAGGAAAGAUGCGUGGCUGGCUAUUUCCGUGACAAACACGAGAGCCGGCACUGCAGCCAGCUCAACCGGAUCCGCCUUGCUGCCGACAAGGCAGAGGAGAUGAUGGGUACAUUAGCCGAAGUAUCUGAGAAGGUCCAGUUCAUCCAGGAGAGCCUGCAGACACUGGACGCUCAUCUCGGCCAGCUGCAGGACCUGUCUGCUCUUGCUGUGGACACCCUUAACCUCCUUUCGGCAUCUGAAAACAGGCAGCAGGAAACUGUCCACCUUUGUCCCAGCCCCCGAAUCGCAGCUAUGUCCUAUUCGCAGCUAUCUUCCAUUGGUGGGAAUGUUGCUUCGAGCCACAUCCCUCCAUCGCAGAAGGCUUAUUGCAGCAAUCCACCCUCCCUGUUGCGUGGCCUUGCCCAUGGCAAGUCGUGCAACUCUUUAGAGCUUCCAUCAGGGGGCACGGGCAGCUUUUUUGACAGCAAGCUCAAGUGGGUGCUGGGAAAUUUGGAGGUGGAGCACAGCGGUCCAAGACAGAGACUUGGCGGAGACUCGUCCGUAGGAUUCCGUCUCUCGCAUGGAUCUCUGUCAAAUUUGUGGUCAGACCUGCAUGAAUCACCUGGGCAGUCAUGUGCCAGCUCUCUCACCACAGUCUGGGAUCAUGAGCCACAUCAUCUGCCCAGCCAGGAGGAGUCCAUGGAGGAGGAGGAGGAAGAGGACGAGGAUGACGAUGUGUUUAUUGACACUAGACCUAAGAAGAACAGUGUGCUGGGCAUUGUGAAUCCAGCUUUCUGUGGUGAUAGUGAAUUAGCCAUGCCAAAACAAGGCCAUUUUGGCAGGAAGUUUAUUUUAGAGAGAGACCUGGGACAUAGCCGCUCACUCUCUGCUAGUGCGGAGACGUUGGCCACGCCCACAAAAAGGCACAGUGUUCCAGGAGAACCCAUACCACCACAUCCAGGCCAGAAGGACAGAGAUCUCUAUAAAAUCUUCGAAAGAAAGCGAUCGUUUAGCCGGAAGUGUGUCAAAAUCAAAGAAGGAGAAGCAACCGAUGUGAGAAGAUUGGAAAGGGAUUCGAGCCGGCGGAGCAGACGGAAAGGGAAGGGAAUGGCUGGACGUAAAUUCCGAUCAUCUGGCAGUCUUAGUCAUCUUUCUCAGCUCAAUUUCGAUCACGUGGAUUUCUUACAGAAAUCAUUCACUUUGGGUCAGAACACAAGAAGCCCCAGCCAGUCAGUAUCGAACAGCUGGGCGCGCUCAGUCAGCCGUCGUUCCUCAGUACAGAGCUGGGUAGCAGUUGAACCUCGAACUUCUGUGUUCAAGUCAACGGAAGAUUUGGACCCACAUUACUCGGCUAUGGAAAGGAACAACCUGAUGAGAUUGGCACACACGAUACCAUUCACACCGGUGUCCCUGCUGGGAGGAGAGGAGGUGUACAUCUACGCUCUGGAGGAGUCGGAACCGGACUCCAUGCUCUCCAGCACCUCCUCGUGGUGUAAGAGAGGUCAUGCGUCUGUGGUGCAGCCCGUGUCGGACCAGGGAGCGCUGGAUGGUGGGCUACGCAAUGCUCAGUGGGUGCUGUGCACCUGGGCCGAGGAAGACGUGCUCAGACCCGGCUGUGUGUACGUGGUCAAGUCCUUCCGUGAAGAGGUGGUGCACACGUGGCAGACCGAGUUCCCCAACAACACCGCCCUUCAUCUCUGCUUAAGGGAAAUCCAGCAGCAGAGAGCAGCCCAAAAGCUCACGCAGGUCUUCAAUCAAGUCAAGCCCAGAUCUAUUGCUCAUUCGCCCAGGUUUCUGGAUGUGUCCCUGCUAUUCUGGCAGUCUAAAGGCCAGUGGCUUACCAUCGAGAAGAGUAUGAGCGGUGACUACAUGAAGUACAACAAUAAAACAGGAGAAGAAAUCACACCCUCUUGUGGCCCGGAAGAGACAGUGUUGGCUUUCUCACACUGGACUUACGAGUAUACAGGCAGAGAGCUGCUGGUACUUGACUUGCAAGGUGUGGGGAUGGAGCUGACAGAGCCCUCUGUGAUCAGAGCGGUCGAUAAAAGCUCAUUCAGGGAUUUGCCGUUUGGCUCAACCAUUUUGGAUGAGGACGCAGUCCGGAGCUUUGUACACAAACAUACCUGCAACUCGUGCUGCGAGAAACUUGGACUUACAGAUAUGCGGAACAGCAGCAAUCAUCACAAGCCAGUCUCUGAAGAGUAUAUCAGCACAGUUUGACCUUUGCCCCAGACUUCUUUUUUUUUUCUUUCUUUUAACCAUAAUGCGAAGAAACACAAAGCACUCCAUGUCAUAUUGUUCAUGCCCCCUUUUUUUUUUUUACACAAACUCUGACUUCGGCCAUGUGUUCAUUACUCAUAUGAAAGCUUGAAGGACUCUGUUAAUAUCAACGGGAAAGAUUUGUACAAAUAUCCUACAACGUUGUGGCAGUCUAGAUUUUCUAAAACAUUUCAUGAGUGUACAGAAACAGAAACUGCACAUAAACUGUUGAUUUGAGGAGCCAAUAUUGCUUUUCUGUUAAAAAACUUAAAAGUUAUCAGUAAUAAGCUGAUGAUAUGAUCAUCUGAUCCAUCUGCAUUUCUAAACAUUAACCGAUGCUCUGUGUCUGCAUGAUUUUACGUAUUGCUAUGCUGCUACAUGAUUGGCUGAUCGGAUAAGUGCAUGCAUGAGCGGACGUGCAGGUGUUCCUAUUAAAGUGGCCAGUAAGUGUGUAUACCCUUAAUAGUGUGAAUACAAAACACAAGGAAAUAUCAACAACGUUCAUGGUUUAAGCUUGAAUAAAAACGAGCCAGAGGUUGUGUCCAUAAAAUUGUCUUUAAUUCUUUUCCCCCACAAAGAAAUGUCUACAAAAGCGAUAAAAUAUCCUUUAACAAAAGUCCUUUUGCCUGCUAUGUACAACUCGGAGGAGACAAUUCAAGAGCUCGAUUACAUUUGCACACAUUUUAUUCCACAAAGCUGUGGUUAAACCCCAUAAAACACACACAUUCACACAAUCGGUCAU